UGUCUGCGCCCAUGAACAUGUACUGUCGGUGGCUUUAUCGCUAAAAGCGGCGUUUUUGUGGAUGGAAUGAUUUAGUAUCUCAUAAAAAUAAAGUGGAAAUCAUUUUUAAAAUUUAAGUACAUGACAGCAGUACAAUUGAGAAUGGAAAGAUUCCCUAAAGGAAGGAAUUAUCCACAUGGAUCUAAAGGCCGAGUAAAACCUGUCCACAACUUCCAUAAAAAGUACUUGGGAAACACUGCGGAAGGCCAAGGAUUUGCAGACAAGACUAAGAAAAAGGCAUUCUACCAAUACAAGAAACUCCAAGCAAAGGAGCAUGCUAAAUCCAAAUGUGCUAAACCUGUCACAUAUGUGAAAACUACAGAGAAUGUAAAGAAGAAAAAGGUUGAUGCUUUUAAGCAAGCAGAAAAACAGUUCCAAAAACGAAAACAUGAAAAGGAAAUCCAACACAAAGAGAUGAUCAAAAAGAGGAAAGAAAGGGACAUUGCAUUAAAACAGUAUUCAGAAAAGAAGCAAGUUAAACAUAAAAAGCUGUGCAAAAGGACUUACAAAGGUCAGCCAGUAAUGGCUAACCAAAUGGAUCUUUUAUUGAAAAAAAUUGAAGCUCAAGCAAAGUAACUUACAUACUUUGUUGAAACAAUGUGAAUUAAUAGAACAGCAGCUCAUAUUUAGAAAUUUUUUACCAAACAAUUGCACUUUACUUUAACAGUACCAAAAUAUUUCGAGUUGACAGUCCUGUCAACCAUUUCAGCUAGUACAUAUCUGAAUUGUUCCUAUCUUGGGCAUAGUUUAAAGAAAGGAUGAUAUUGCUUGACAAUGAAAGCCAUACCCAUAAAGGACUUCCAUUGGUUACCAGUUCAACCAUGAUAUACAGUACAGUAUUGCUACUUGUUUUGAAAGUGCCUAACUUUAUGCCGUGACAUGGUACUGUCACUGAGAAUAAAUUAUUCUUUUAUUAACUAUACCAUAAAACUUGGUCUUCAUAAUCUCCAAAAAAUCUGUUGCUUCUUCAAAUUUCAUAUUUGAUGCCUGAAAAUACAUUGAAAAUUCAUUAAAGCAUUUAAAGCUACUGAAAUAGUUAUGUUGGAGAGAUGGAGAUUAAAAAAUUGAUAUAGUACAUUUGAUAGAUGUAAAUAAAUUAGUUAUCUAGGAACGCUCAGUUUUUUGUCAAUAAAAAUAAAAUAUCACUCCAAACA